AUGACUGAUCCAAUCACCAUCCUCGGGGCUGCGGCUGCUGGCCUCCAAUUGGGCGAGGCUGGUUGCAAGGCUGUAAUCGGCGGCAUCACUUUGCUGCGAAAUCUGCGAAGAGCUCCUGAGCGCAUGGAAAAAUUACUUCAUGAGACGGAAGCAUCCAUUGCGCGACUCGAAUUCGUCAGAACUACGGUUCUGCUGCCAGGCUCCGCCGUCGCCGUUCAGUUGACGGUAGACCAACUGGCGCGGCUGAAUGUCGUCGUAUCUGAAGGGGAGGAAGCAAUGCAGGCCCUGGAACGUGAAAUUGAGGAGCUUGUCCCUCUGAUUGGGUCAAAGGCUGGUCCAUUGAAGAGGACUUGGAAAAGUGUUGUUUCUCUUACGAAGGAAGAUGAGAUCACAGCCCUUCUCGAAAGCAUCAAUCGUGCUAACGAGCGAACUGCAACACAUCUCUUCAAAUGUUCAAAGCAAUCACCAAGCCAUUCAUUUGACAGGUUACGAAUCACUGCAACAAGUACGGCGCAGAUCGUUGAUCGCAAUCAAAGCUACAUCCUUCAGACCAAUUACACUUUGGCACGGCUACAAUCCAAUCAACACAGCCACGAGGUGAGCCUGAAAUCGAUUCAGGAUUCAACACAAUCGAUCCAACAUCAAAUGGCGACACUUGUGCAUUCAUCUAACUCACAAAAUGACAUGAUGAGAAAUGACAUGAUGAGAGUUGCCGUGCAGUCAGCCAUACGCGAGGAACUCCCAGCCCUGAGAGACGCUGUGAUAGGUCUGAUGAUUGGUAAAACUGAAGAGCUAUUCCGAGACCAGCGCAUUGCUGCCGCUCAGCUGUCAAAGCAUGAACGUGCAGAACUGGGAUCACAGGUCGCGGGACAGCUUAUGAUGCAUCCCAGCAAACUACAAGAGGCUUCGGAACAUGUCUUCCCGCCGAAGGGAGGCAGUAAGCCUUGCAAUUGCUUGCCAUUAAGGUUUUUAUCAUCUUCCAUAUAUGGCCUGUUCGGUGUCAAGGUUGAAUACUCAUCUCAGCAUCGCCGAUCAUGUAGUUACUAUCGAUCAGGAAGACAGUCUUGGAGAUUCGCAGCAUCGGCGUGUUUGCUUCCGUUCGUCCAAAAGACAGUAGAGCUGGGCUUGAGUCUGACUUCAGAGGCAGUUUGUUGCUCGAUCGCCCCCCCGCUUACUGCGUAUUUUACCGUCGAACGAUCCCAGUCACCAAUUCUGAAGUUAUUUGACGAGUUCCCAAGUCGAUGUGGCAGGAGAAUUUCAGAAGCUGAUGGUAUUUUUGAUUGCCAAAUGGUUCUUCAGCAAGGAGAUGGAACUUUGUUUGAAUUUGAUUUAGACAUUCUCGCGGUUAGAAAUGAGCUCAUUGCUUUGACUAACAACUUUGAGGCUUAA